AUGCAGACAAUGAAAUGUCAAAUUCGACUUCUUAUGGUGUUGGGCACAACGAUAUGCCUUGCCUUAGUCGCACUUGCUAAGCAGGGAACUGGUGUUUUCUAUGGUCCACCUUAUCUUCCAUCCUCAUGCUAUGGCUACCGAAACCAAGGAAUCAUGAUAGCGGGAGAUAAUCCUACAGUGUAUGAUGGUGGAAAAGCAUGUGGAAGAUGGUAUAAUGUGACGUGCUUGGGAGGCACGAACAAUACACCAAAUCCUUGCAAAAGGGGUGACAUAAUUGUAAGAAUCGUAGAUCUUUGCACAAGAUGCGGAGCGGACGAGAUUAGUCUCUCUCGAUAUGCCUUCUCGAGGAUUGCUAACCUUAGGGCUGGAAGAGUCCGCGUUGAAUAUACCCAGUAG